CUCCCCAGCCCGGGUGGGGGCGCGUCCUGGGGGAUGGGGGGCGCAGCCCUCCUGCUCCUGCUCGCGGGGGCCGCGGCCCCGAGGGAGACCCGGGCGGGCCCCCACUCCAUGAGGACUCUCGACACCACAAUGUCCCGGCCCGGCCUCGGGGAGCCCCGCUUCAUCGUCGUGGGCUACGUGGACGACACGCAGUUCGCGCGGUUCGACAGCGACUCCCGGGGUCAGAGCGCGGAGCCGCAGGCGCCCUGGGCGGAGCAGCUGGGGCAGGAGGUGUGGGACGAGGAGACGCGGAUCCUAAGGGACCAAGCACUAUGGUCCCGAGCGCAGCUGCACACCCUGCGCGGCCUCUACAACCAGAGCGAGACCGGCUCUCACACCCUCCAGGGGAUGUUUGGCUGCGAAGUGGGGCCCGACGGGCGCCGCCUCCGCGGGUACCUUCAGUUCGCCUACGAUGGCGCCGAUAACCUGGCCCUGAACCCGGACAUGCGCUCCUGGACCGCGGUGGACACGGCCGCUCAGAUCACCCAGCGCAAGUGGGAGGAGGAAGGUCGGGCAGAGAGAUUCAGAAACUAUGUGGAGGACAAGUGUUUGAGGUGGCUGCGCACAUUCCUGGAGUACGGGAAGGAGACUCUGCAGCGCACGGAUCCCCCAAGGACACACGUGACCCACCACCCCACCUCUGAGCAUGAGGUCACCCUGAGGUGCUGGGCCCUGGGCUUCUACCCUGCGGACAUCACCCUGACCUGGCAGCGAGAUGGGGAGAACCUGACCCAGGAGAUGGAGCUGGUGGAGACCAGGCCUGGGGGAGAUGGAACCUUCCAGAAGUGGGUGGCUGUGGUGGUGCCUUCUGGAGAGGAGCAGAGAUACACGUGCCAUGUGCAGCAUGAGGGACUGCUGGAGCUCCAAGUCCUAAGAUGGGUGCCCCCUGCUCAGUCCUCCAUCCCCACCACGAGCACCAUUGAUGCCCUGGUUCUCCUUGGAGCUAUACUCACUGGAGCUGGGGUGCUGCAGCUGUGAUGUGGAGGAAGAAACGCUUAGGAGGACAAGGAGGAAGCUACACUCAGGCUGCAGGUUUGAUCCCUGAGCCCCUGGGGACAGUGUAAAUGGACUCCAUGGGGGAGUCACCCUCAUCACUCCCUCCUGUGGUCUCAUCUCUGACCAGGCUCUGUUUUGUUCUCAACCAGGCAGCAAUAGUGCCCAGGGCUCUGAUGUGUCUCUCAGCCCCUAAGGAUCUUUUACAAUGAACCUGAUGAGGCUCCUGUUGUGCACACCCUGGGCACCAGGGUGAUUUGUCACUGUUUUUGUUAACUGUGAUAUUGAGCAUUUGUUCAUAUUUUUAUUUUUCUAUGUCUACAUCAGUUGCUAUGUCUAUAAAUAAUAAUAAAUAAAAUAUAAUAAAUAAAAAGAUUUAUUUAUUCAUGCAUACAAGAACUAGGGUACAGGCCAGAUGCACGGGAGGUGAUCAGAUUCACCAGAGACAGAGUGGGGAACAGAACAGGCAGA